CCCGGGAACUCGACACAAUAUGGUUCGAAAGAUCUCUCUUUCCAAAUAUUCGCAACUAGGAGAUGACCAGUGGAAGAUUAGAAAUAUCAAUAUACCCACCCAGCUGCAGGUCACGUUUGGAAUAUCGAAUUUUUCUCCAAAGAUGUCCAAAUGUAUGAAACAGUUAUUGUACGCAACUCCGACCCUGGAUUCGAACAACCGGUAUUCGAAAUUUACCCGGAUUUGAAAGAAUAUUCCACCAAGGAUCUAUUCCCUCCUCAUCCCAAUCUUACAAAGGGAAGUUUAUGGGCAUACCUUGCGCGCAGACGAUGUGAUUUUGAUAAUUAGUUGUAAGUGAGAUAAUAUGACAUCCCAUCCAUUCAAUCUGCAAGCAAUACAUUGAUCAUACUGUGACGAACCGUCCGGAUGUUAGGAAUGAACUCAUGGUCCCCACCGGCAAGAUUUUCCACAAGAGAUUUACCACGAAAACAAGUCUCCGUAUCGAACUGAAAGAUGUAAGUAACACAGAAGAGUGUGGAUGAAAAACAAGAAACUAAUAGAAGAACCUUAGAUUAUCGCAUCGUUAAUGGUAUCAAAAAGAAGCUCGGGCGCAAAAAAGAAGUGUAUAAUUAUAGCCGAUUCCCAAAAGCUCCUGCGAGGAAUCCGAAAGGAGCGAUUCAUGGGGCUAAGGCAAUGGAGCUGUAUGCAAAGGAAAUGGAGAAUCUCUGAGGAAUAUGGAAUAUGGAAUAUGGAAUGUGGACUGUGAAACUGUUCUCUAUGUGCCAAAUCGGAAUUGGGAAGAGAAGAUGGGAACUGUAGGAGUUGAAAGAUGGAAAAAUCAUUAGAAUACCAGGUGGAAUCUCGGGACAAGAGAAAAAAAGAAGAGAAAAGUAGUACGGAUUUGACGUACCAAAUAGGUCCUCGCACACUUGAAUUACCUGUUUGACCA